AUGGACUCCUCCUUCUCGCCCAAGGCCCAAGGCCACACACCAAAGCUCCCUGGCGAGACCCUUGGUUGCAUCUCUUCCCAGUCUGGCUUGGCCUGCUGUGGUGUGGCAGCCCUGACUGAAGGACCUCAUCCCUGGCGAGGUGGCAGGCACUGUCCACUCUCCAGGAUGUGCCCCCGUGGCCCCUGCUUCUGGGGCUGUUUCCUCCUCCUCUGCCUGGGAAGUGCUCUUAGGGAGUGCCAGGGCUUCUCUGCACUCCCUCCACUGCCAAUGGGCCACCUUCCCCAUGUGGAACAGUAUGAAGUGGUCCAGCCUUUCCGGUUACCCAUCUCAGGGGCUCUGAAUGAACUCUCUUCAAGACCGACUUUGUAUCCUGAGACCAUCCGCUACCUCCUAGGCCUGAGAGGCAACAACUUCACCCUCCACCUCCGCAGAAACAGGCACCUGGUAGGGUCAGACUACACAGAGACCUACACCUUGGCCAAUGGCACAGAAGUGACCAAGAAACCGCACAUCGGGCAGCACUGCUUCUAUCAGGGUCAUGUGGAAGGCUACCAGAAUUCUGUUGCCAGCAUCAGUACAUGUCUAGGGAUCCGUGGCUUUUUCAAGGCUGACUCCAUCAUCCAUCUGAUUGAACCCCUGGACCAGCAGAAACAUGGUAGUCCCCAAGAGAGACAGGGAGGCCUCCAGGGGAGACAUGGCAUCACCAAGGGGAGACAUGGCAUCACCCAGGGGAAGCAUGGCAUCACCCAGGGGAAACAUGGCAUCACCGAAGAGAAACAUGGCAGCCCCCAGGGGAGACAUGGAAUCACCCAAGAGAAACAUGGCAUCACCCAGGGGAAACAUGGCAUCACUGAAGAGAAACAUGGCAGCCCCCAGGGGAGACAUGGAAUCACCCAGGAGAAACAUGGCAUCACCCAGGGGAAACAUGGCAUCACCGAAGAGAAACAUGGCAGCCCCCAGGGGAGACACGGAAUCACCCAGGAGAAACAUGGCAUCACCAAAGAGAAACAUGGCAGCCCCCAGGGGAGACAUGGAAUCACCCAGGAGAAACAUGGCAUCACCCAGGGGAAACAUGGCAUCACUGAAGAGAAACAUGGCAGCCCCCAGGGGAGACAUGGAAUCACCCAGGAGAAACAUGGCAUCACCCAGGGGAAACAUGGCAUCACCGAAGAGAAACAUGGCAGCCCCCAGGGGAGACACGGAAUCACCCAGGAGAAACAUGGCAUCACCAAAGAGAAACAUGGCAGCCCCCAGGGGAGACAUGGCAGCCCCCAGGAGAAACAUGGCAUCACCCAGGAGAAACAUAGCAGUCCCCAGGAGAAACAUGGCAUCAUCCAGGAGAAACAUGGCAGCCCUCAUGAGAAUCAUGACAGCACCAACAAGAGAUAUAACAGCACUGACAAGGGAUAUGGCAUCACCCAGGGCAGACAUGGCAGCACCCAUGAGAAACAUGACAGUGAUCUGGAGAGACACAGAACCACUCAGAGCAGCCUUGUCAGUCAUCAGGAGAGACAUGACACCACCCAGGAGAAACAUAUCAGUGAUGGACACAGGAGUGACCAGGGGAAACAUGCCAUCUAUAAGCAAGAAAAUCUCAAGGGGAAACAUAGAACUUGUGGAGUUAGUAAGGUCAGCUUGAAGGGAGAACUGGAGACAAUGAUGGAGGCCGUCUCUAUGCCCAAGAACUGGAUACCUGGAUCCAUCCCAAAGGACACCCACUAUGUGGAGCUCUUUGUGGUAGUGGACCAUGGGGAGUACAAGAAGUAUAAAAGCCUAAAGAAGUUGAGGCAUCGGGUGAAGGAGAUCGUCAAUCAUGUAGACAGGCUUUAUCAGGAGAUCAAUUUCCGGGUAAUUCUAAUUGGUUUGGAAAUAUGGGACAAAGGUAACAAGGCUGCCAUUGACUCCGACAUAGAGGCUACCCUGUCCAGUUUUCUCAAGUGGCGGGACAGUGACCUCAUCAGGAAGAAGAAGCAUGACAAUGCCCAGCUGAUCACAGGGGUGAGUUUUGGGGGAACUGAUGUGGGCUUGGCCAGACUGGCCUCCAUGUGUACAGAAGGUUCGGGGGGCGUGAGCCACGACUACAGCAUGAACCCCUUUGGAGUGGCAACCACUCUGGCUCAUGAGAUGGGCCAUAACCUGGGCAUGAACCAUGAUGAAAACAUCCGGGGCUGCCAGUGUGAGAAGAACAAGCAGGAGGACAGGUGCAUCAUGACCUCCACGUUCGGCACGGUCCUCCCCAAGAGGUUCAGCAGCUGCAGCAAGUACAACCUGCACAAGUUUCUUGCGGGGAACAUCUUCUCCUCGAGCUGCCUCAACAACUUCCCUGCCCUGGAGAAGCUGGAGGAAGGGCCUGUGUGCGGGAACAACUUUUUGGAACGAGGGGAGGAGUGUGAUUGUGGCCUACCCGAGGAGUGUCUGAACCAGUGCUGUAACCCCAAGAGCUGCCGGCUGGCCCCAGGGGCUGAGUGCACGGAGGGGAAGUGCUGCCAGGCAUGCCAGGUGAUGCCAGCUGGGGAAAUCUGCCGGGAGGCCCAGAAUGCCUGUGACCUGGCCGAAUACUGCGAUGGCAAGCAGCCCAAGUGUCCAGAGAAUGUUUACAAAGAGAAUGGCACCCCGUGCUGGAAUGGCUACUGUUAUAAUGGGGCCUGCCCCACAUAUAAGCAGCAGUGCCAAGCACUCUGGGGCAGGGGGGCAGAUGUGUCCACAGACAAAUGCUUCCUGCUCAACCUGCCCAAAGGAUGCACGGAAGCGUUCUAUCCUUCUAAGCAGGGCCUCAACAAGUGUAGGUUUUUGUCCUGCUCCCGGCCCAGCCCCAAGAGGUCUACCAGGCACUUGUGCAGUUUCCUCCUGGAGGAUGAAAGCUGUGACCUUGCCAUUACCAAGAGUGAGAACCACAGCCCUUUCCAGAUGGUGGCCCCAGGCACCAAGUGUGGCAAGAAGAAGGUGUGCUACCGCAGGAGAUGCCAGGGCCUCAGCAUCUAUGGAGCCAGGAACUGUUCUAGUAAGUGCCAUGACCGGGGGGUCUGUAACCACAAGCGGGAGUGCCACUGUGACCCAGGCUGGGCCCCCCCUGACUGCCAAAAGAAGCUCUCCGAGCUCAAGGAGGAAUUGUUGAGUCAAGACAGAAUCAGUUUAGGGCGCGGGCUUCCGCUCCCAAAAAAUAUAAAAGACAGGAGCCUGCUGGUGGGUGUGCUGGUGGCCUUGACCCUGAUGGCCGUGCUUGCCAUCCUGGUAUUUGUAUUCUACAAGUGGAAAAUGGGAAGGAAGGAAGGGAUCACAGCAGCCUCUCCCAUCUAUAGAUAUAAGAGGGAAACCAUAGGGUAUCCUUGA